AUGAAAAUCUAUCUUUAUUCAUAUCUAUCUAUCUAUCAAUCUAUCUAUCUAUCUAUUUUCAUACCUAUUUUACUAUCUUUAUUCAUAUCUAUCUAUCUAUCUAUCAAUCUAUCUAUCUAUCUAUUUUCAUACCUAUUUUACUAUCUUUAUUCAUAUCUAUCUAUCUAUCAAUCUAUCUAUCUAUCUAUCUCUUUUCAUACCUAUUUUACUAUCUUUAUUCAUAUCUAUCUAUCUAUCAAUCUAUCUAUCUAUCUAUCUAUUUUCAUACCUAUUUUACUAUCUUUAUUCAUAUCUAUCUAUCUAUCAAUCUAUCUAUCUAUCUAUUUUCAUACCUAUUUUACUAUCUUUAUUCAUAUCUAUCUAUCUAUCAAUCUAUCUAUCUAUCUAUUUUCAUACCUAUUUUACUAUCUUUAUUCAUAUCUAUCUAUCAAUCUAUCUAUCUAUCUAUCUCUUUUCAUACCUAUUUUACUAUCUUUAUUCAUAUCUAUCUAUCUAUCAAUCUAUCUAUCUAUCUCUUUUCAUACCUAUUUUACUAUCUUUAUUCAUAUCUAUCUAUCUAUCAAUCUAUCUAUCUAUCUAUUUUCAUACCUAUUUUAG